AUGUCUUCCUCUCCCGACUACGACAUUGAAAAGAAGGCCUCACACUCAAACGACCAUGUCGUUACGGAGGAUGUCGUUCACGGCGGCGAGGGCGGUGCUCAUAUGCAUCGUUCUCUCAAGGGACGUCAAGUUUCUAUGAUUGCCAUUGCAGGCACCAUCGGGACUGGUUUAUUCUUAGGUUCGGGAAGGGCGCUUGCUAACGGUGGCCCCGUCGGUGCUCUUCUUGGUUACGGUUUCGUUGGUAUGCUGGUCGGUUUAAUGAUGUACUCGCUCGGUGAAAUGAUGGUUUGGGAUCCCUCUGCCGGAGGCUUCAUCGAAUUCGCCACGCGCUAUGUCGACCCCGCAAUGGGCUUUGCCAUGGGCUGGCAAUUCUGGUUCCAAGCUGUCAUGACCGCCCCCGUUGAAAUCGUCGCCGCUUCUAUUGUUAUUUCUUUCUGGGACCACAACGACGACCACAAGGCCAUCUACAUCGCCGUCAUGACCCUCGGUAUCGUUCUCGUCAAUUUGGCUGGUGUCAAGUACUUUGGUGAAUUCGAGUUCGUCUUUGCCUUCAUCAAGAUCAUCACCGUUAUUGGUCUGAUCAUCGCCUGUCUCGUCAUCGACCUUGGAGGUGCCCCCGACAAGGACCGUCGUGGUUUCCGUUACUGGAGAGAUGAGCCGUUCAACAACCACUUCUUCCAAGUUGUUCCUGCCUCCAAGGCUCGUUUCCUCGGUUUCUGGGCCGUGCUGACCCAGGCUGCCUUCUCGUAUGGUGGUAUGGAGGGUCUCGCUAUGAUCUGUCUCGAGGCUGCCAACCCCCGUGUCUCCAUGCGAACGGCUGUCCGCGCCAUUUUCUACCGCAUUGUUCUUCUUUACGUUUUCGCUAUCCUGCUCAUCGGCAUGUGUCUCAGCCGUAGUGACCCCCGUCUCCUUCAGGCCAACGCUGAAGGUUCUGGAACCGCUGCCCAAUCGCCUUUCGUCAUCAUCAUCCAGAACGCUGGUAUCAAGGCUCUCCCCCACAUCAUCAACGCUGUCGUCCUGACCUCCGCUUUCUCCUCCGGCAAUGAGUUCUUGUACUCUUCGUCGCGUGGCCUCUUCAUGCUCGCGCAAGAGGGCAAAGCUCCCCGCAUCCUCGCCAAGGUCGCCAAGAACGGUGUCCCCAUCUACUCGCUUGCCGUUUGCUCUUUGUUCUCUCUCCUUGGAUUCCUUGCUUGCGGCAAGGAGGGUGCCAACGACGCAUUCAACUGGCUCGCCAACAUCACCACCCUUGGUUCGAUGAUCACAUGGUGUGGUGUCGCCCUCUCCCACACCCGAUGGUACCGUGCCAUGAAGGUGCAGGGCAUGAGCCGUGAAGAGCUGCCCUUCAGGAGCUGGACACAGCCUUAUGGCGCGUGGGCUGUCCUGAUUUCCUUCAGCAUUAUCAUCUUCUUCAACGGCUACACGACCUUCAUGACCAAGCCGUUCGACUACCAGUCGUUCAUCUCAUCCUACAUCAACAUUCCAUUCUUCAUCAUCCUCUUCAUUGGCUGGAAGAUCUCCCACAAGACCAAAUGGGUGUCGCUGUCCGAGAUGGACUGCUCAACACACUACGUUGAAGACAGUGUUGUGUACUCCAAGUACUGA